UGCACCAUGGCGCGUACCACAUACAACCAAAAAUCUCAUUAAAACCCCCCCAUCUUCCCACAUGACUCGCCAAUCUUCCUCCCCUGUACAUAACCACUCGGGUCGGUUUCAGCUGAAGUGGCAAUUGGUGCGCCCGAGAGAGAGCAGAGAGGAAUGUUACUGGUGGCGGUACUGGCGGAGCUGAUGGAGCAGUACACGGCGGUUCUGGCGAGGGCGCUCCAGCACCUGUUCGGCAGCGCGCCGCUCCCGCGGAGGGUCCGGUUCCUCAUCCUCCGCAGCCUCCCCUUCGCCCCCUCCGCCUUCCAUCCUCCCUUCUCCUUCCGAGCCUCUGCGUAAUCUAAACUUUUUCGGAAGUUCUUUUCCAUUCCCCGUUUUCGGGAUUGAAGAAUGUUUUCGACAAACCAUUUCACAAGAAAGAGAUUGCUUCCAAGGUGAUAUAUGCAUGUAGCAGAAAACAGUGUGCCGAAUCAGACGCUGUGAUCUUUUACAUCGUUCGCUGAGUCACCGAAGCUUUCAUCACGUCCAGGACUAACGCGACGCAAGAGAUGGGACUGAUGGAGAGAGGGAGAGACAAUCAUUCCGGCGUAAAGAAUCAGAUUCCGCACGGCACGUUCUGUCAAACGUGAAUCGACGCGGAGGUGAUGAAUGUGAUCACAGUAGUCUUGACACGAAUCGAGAGUCUCAGUCACAUCCGCGACGUGGACGACGGUCGUUCGAGCCCAAUGUAAGGAAUGGUGUUUGGUGGCUUUGUCUCUGGGUGCCGGAAGAAUGGUGUGGAAGGUCGCCAACUUACCUUUUUCUUCUCAUUUUGUACCCUUUUUUUCUUGAGGUAAUGUGUCCAUAUUAAUCUGGGUCUUUGUCUUGUUAUAAAUUCAAGUAAAAGAGUGGAUUGGAUGGUCCAAUCAUUUUGGGCGAGCCCCCCACCGCCUUCCAAACACGAUAUUAGCGAAAAAGAAGAAGAAGUCCAAUUAUCUUAUGUCAGGACGCGACGUGAUGAGAUGUGAAACUGUCAAGGAAUUUGAACUAGUGACUGGGGAUGUUGGCGUGAUUGGUGCUGGCCUUUCUAUUUGGGAAGAAAUUAUGUAGAUUUGUUUGAUUGUGAAGAAAUUAUGCUGGCCCUCCUAUUUGGGAAGAAAUUAUGUGGAUUUGUUUGCUUUCUGUAAUUUUGGGAAUUGCCUAUUUUCUCAUUGUCUUUUUUUCCAGUACUUCAUUGUAUGAUGGCAGUCCCUCUAUACAACAAAAAGAAAACUUUGAGAGAGGAUUA